AUGUUUCACAUUCCUUUAGCCUCUGCUUCCACACAAUACAUCGACGCCAUUUGCCAACAAAAACCAGUCAUCGACAAAGCCUUCUGCAACCAAACUUUGAACGGAUUUCCUCCGGCUGCUUCUGCCACCACCUUGUUACAAGCCUCUCAAGCCGUGCUCCACCUCGGCAUAUCCUAUGCCGCUAAAUCUGCGGUUGCCAGUGCAAAAGCGGCAACAGAGAAUCCAAACCUGAAGAAGCAGUUCGAGAGGUGUCAAGGUGAAUUUGCGACCAUUAUAGGCAAUCUCAAGAACGCCGCCUCUGGAAUCAAGGAAGACCUAGCGAGUGCAAGCUAUGAUGUCAUGAUCUCUUUCGACAGCACCGCCAUAGUGAAGAAUUUGGUCGGAAAAUAUAGCGACAAGGAUUCAAAGAAUGUGAUUAUCAUGACAUUAAUGAUGGAGAAGUUUCUUGAUAUCGCCGAGGGAGCCUUCUAUGCUAUUGGUUGGUAA